AGAGCGAGAACUGUGCAACAGAGAGCAAAUAUAUAAUGUUGGACAGUAUGCAAGAGGCUGGAAUUGUAUUUUCCCCUCAAUGUUUCCAUUUCACGGGGGCUGGAGCCUCGCGGUUCACAAAACGCAUGUGUGCCUUGCAGCCUUAGUACAUCCCAUGUGAUUGAGUGUGGGCAAUAAUGCGGUUAAAACGUGGACACUUUUGGUUGUGGACGUUUUAACCUUCUUCUCCGAAAAUGUGGGGGUGGGUGUCGGUGAAAUAUUCUGCCACCUCCGAAAGAAAAAAGUUCCAGAUAACUACUCUACAUUCGUAUCUUUCCCUCCAAAGAGAAGGAAGGGCUUCUCAUUUAUUGACGACCAAACUCAACACUACCGCAACAAUGAAACGCAAGCUCGACGGCAACGAUGUGCCCGCACCUGUAGAAGAGACCAAGACUCUAGAAAGCAACUCAUUUGCAGACCUUGGCCUCGAUGCGCGACUCCUCCAAGCUAUCGCCAAACAGAACUUCAAAGCACCUACCCUGGUUCAGAAGAAAGCUAUACCUCUGGCAAUAAAGGGACGGGACGUACUUGCCAGAGCGAAGACAGGAUCAGGAAAGACUGCUGCUUAUCUUCUCCCAAUCUUACAUGCUAUCCUCAAGCAAAAAGAAACAUCUACCAAGCCUUGCACGGCCGCCCUCAUUCUUGUCCCAACUCGCGAGCUUGCCGACCAAGUCUUCAAGGCUGUGGAGUUGUUCACGUCGUUCUGUGCGAAGGAUGUUAGAGCUAUCAACCUCACACAAAAGGUCUCCGAUGCCGUUCAAAGAUCGCUCCUCGCAGAUGCUCCCGAUAUCGUUGUCGCGACACCUGCCCGCGCAGCAUUAAACAUCAACACAUCUGCUCUCUCUCUGGAUAACCUGACUCACUUGGUUAUUGACGAGGCGGACCUUGUUCUUUCAUACGGGUACGACGAGGAUUUGCAGAAUGUCGCCAAAACCAUGCGCAAAGGAGUCCAAACGAUAUUGAUGAGCGCGACACUGACAAGCGAAGUUGAUACUCUUAAGGGCCUGUUUUGUCGGGACCCCGCGGUAUUGAAAUUGGACGAGCAGAAUGACGAGGGCGAGGAGAUUAGCCAAUAUGUCGUGAAAUGCGCAGAAGACGAAAAAUUCCUCCUUAUCUACGUUAUCUUCAAGCUCAAGCUUAUUAAGGGCAAAUGCAUUGUUUUCGUUCAAGACAUUGACCGCUGUUACCGGUUGAAGCUUUUCCUCGAACAAUUCGGCAUCAAGAGUUGUAUUCUCAACUCCGAGCUCCCAGUCAACUCUCGUAUUCACGUCGUGGAGGAGUUUAACAAGAAUGUUUAUGAUAUUAUUAUUGCAAGCGACGAGUACGAAAUUAUCGGCGAUGAAGAGGAUGCACCAAGAGUCCAAGAGGUUGAAGAAGCCACCCCUGAGGAGCCUAAGAAGGCUGCUGGCGAUGAUGAGAUGGAAGUCGAUAUUGCAGAGAGCGAGGAGGUUGUGAAAGAAGAGAAGCCGGCAAAGAAGAAGCGCAAGCAAGCGAAACGUGACAAGGAAUAUGGUGUCUCCCGUGGAAUUGACUUCAAGAACGUCGCCUGUGUGUUAAAUUUCGACCUCCCAACAACCUCAAAAUCAUAUACCCACCGCGUUGGUCGUACUGGCCGUGCUGGGCAAUCCGGCAUGGCGCUUUCUUUCGUCAUUCCAGCAAAUCAAUACCGCAAACACAAGCCCACAUCAGUUGAGUCGUGCAAGCACGAUGACGAAGUGCUCGCGAAGAUCAUCCGUCACCAGACCAAGAAAGGCAAGGAAGUAAAGCCGUACAACUUCGACAUGAAGCAGGUUGAGGCAUUCCGGUACCGAAUGGGCGACGCACUACGUGCCGUUACUCGUAUCGCUGUGCGUGAAGCUCGGACGCGCGAGCUGAGACAGGAGUUGAUGAAGAGUGACAAACUAAAGAGGCAUUUCGAGGAGAACCCAGAAGAUCUGCACCACCUGCGACACGACGGAGAGUUACGUGCUGCAAAGGUUCAGGGGCACAUGAAGCACGUGCCCAGCUAUUUAAUGCCAAGCGGCGGGCAGAAGGCAAUCACGGGAGAGUUAGGCUUUGUCGGGAUCAGGAAGGAGAGCGAGAACCGUAUUCGCAAGGCGAGAGCGGCGAACAAAGCCAAGGGAAGAGGCGCGUUUGGCUCGAAGGCGAAGAAGCAUGACCCGCUGAAGAGCUUCAGGGCCAGGACGAAGAAUGGGAAAUAGUAAAUUAAGGG